CAAAAAAAUCAAUUUCCACAUUCACUAUUUAUCAUAAGUAUAUUAAAUAUAUCAUAAUGGGAAAAAUUAAAAUAAAAGUUGAUGUGGAUUAUUCAAUUAUUAUGGAGCUAUGAAGAAAUAAUGUGAAUAGUUGUGUAUGAGCAAAAACCAUAAUUAUGUUAAUAAACAAUAUUGAAAUUUCUUCAUAUGAUUAAUAAUUAAAAAUCUAGUAAAUCAUGGAUUAUGAUUACAUGUCAUUUCAUAGAGAAAAAGAUGUUCAUAACAAAUGCUAUGGUGGAAGAUUAUGGUGUAUAAAAGAUAUAUGUGGAAUUAUAUGUGCAAUUUUAACAUGGUUGUUAAUAAUUUAUGCAGAGUUUGUAGUAAUGGCAGUUAUUCUUAUUCCCACAAUAAAUACCUUAUACUCUAGUUUAAAUACUGCAAUAUUUCAGUCAUUAGCUUUUUUAGCAUUUGCAUCUCAUUUAAAGACAAUGUUUACAGAUCCUGGUGCUGUUCUAAAAGGAAAUGCUACAAAGGAAAUGAUAGAACAAAUGGGAUUUAGAGACGGACAAGUCAUUUUUAAAUGUCCUAAAUGUUGUUCUAUUAAACCUGAUAGGGCACAUCAUUGUUCUGUUUGCCAAAGAUGUAUUAGAAAAAUGGACCAUCAUUGUCCAUGGGUUAAUAAUUGUGUUGGAGAAAAUAAUCAAAAAUAUUUUGUACUUUUUACUUUCUAUAUAGCAGGAAUGUCAUUGCAUUCUUUAUUCUUAUGUAUACAACAAUUUGCUACAUGUGUAAGACAGGAAUGGAAAGAAUGUUCUACAUUUAGUCCACCUGCAACAGUGGUAUUAUUACUUUUUUUGGCUUUUGAAGCCCUCCUAUUUGCCAUUUUUACAGUUGUAAUGUUAGGAACACAAUUACAAGCAAUUUGGAAUGAUGAAACUGGUAUUGAACAGCUUAAAAAAGAAGAAGCCAGAUGGGUUCGUAAUAGUAGAUGGAAAUCUAUUCAAGCUGUAUUUGGAAGAUUUUCCAUUGCUUGGUUUUCGCCAUUUACUUCUCCUCCAAAAGGAAAAACAAAGCAAGAUUCUUAUUUAUAUUCCGUAUAACAUGUAUUACGGUUUAUGGUUGAUUCCCAGGGAUAUUUAAUAUUUUUAAAUAUAAAAUAAUUAUGACGUAUCAUGUACAAGUGAAUAGAAUGUUUGUAAUCUUA